GCACGCUGCGGGCUUCCUUCCCCUUCCCCUUUCUUUAACCCUUCCCGGGGUGGAGGGACAGGGCAAUGCUGCAGCGCCCAGCAGCCGGAGCUCUGACAGCUCUAGGUUCAACGAAACUUUGCACGGAGCGUGGGCUUGACUAGGCAGUCAAUCCAGUCGGCUGGCUUUGGAACGGACGAAGAAAGGGUGCAAAAAGGACAGGCCCUUUCAGCACCCCGGAUAUUUAGGUCCGGGCACUUGCCAGGCUAGGGUGCAGCGGCAAGAGAGUGCUGUCCCUUUAGCACCGCAGAGGCUGGGACGACAGGCGGGAGGACAGACCAAAAGCUAUCCGUUCCGCACCACGGAGCCAGGGCAACAGGCGGGGAGCUGUCCCUUCCGCACCACGGAGCCAGGGCAACAGGCGGGGAGCUGUCCCUUCCGCACCACGGAGCCAGGGCUACAGGCGGGAGCUGUCCCUUCAGCACCACGGCUCUCUGCCCUCAGAGGAAAGCGCUCGGCCCCCGCCCCAGGACAGUCUUUUCUCCAGUUUGAGCGGGGGUGUCGGGAGCAGGCGGAGAGCUUUCCUGGGAGGCUGGGGAAGCAGUGAACACUUCUCAGCGACUCGCCUCCUAGCAGUGCUAUUUUUUGCCAUCCGCCCUCACCCCCCAGCACAUGCGCUCGCACACGCACGCACACACACACAUACACACACACGCACGCACGCACACAGACCUCUCUGGAUGUCUUUGCCUUGAAUCUCCCGGGGCUGUAACGAGCCAGGCACAUUUCAAACCAAGCUGACAGCCCUAAGCUUGGGAGCCAUGCCCUGCACGGACUCUCGUCACUACCGAGCUCCUGAGGAAUGAAAGGAACCCGGGGACUCUCAGAAGGCAGCAGUGAUGUGGACCAACCCCCUGGAGCCCGCACCCUUCAGAGGGCCAUAGGUGAUUCGGGGAACUGGAGAGAGCUCCAGACAGGAAAGCCUAGAUUCUCCAAAGUCUCUGUGGAUGCCGACAAAAAAGAGACAGGAAUUUUUGGAAGAGCGUGCUCUAGGUUAACCAGCUGCAGAGCGAUUUUCCCUCCGACACUGAGUCUCCCCCUUCAACCCCCAGCGUCCAGAGUACCAUGAAGAAUUAUGAGGAUGUGUGACAGAGGUAUCCAGAUGUUGAUCACCACUGUGGGAGCCUUCGCAGCUUUUAGUUUAAUGACCAUUGCAGUGGGCACGGACUACUGGUUAUAUUCCAGAGGUGUGUGCAGGACUAAAUCUACAAGUGAUAAUGAAACCAGCAGGAAGAAUGAAGAAGUAAUGACCCAUUCGGGGCUGUGGAGGACCUGCUGCCUAGAAGGGGCUUUCCGGGGUGUGUGCAAGAAAAUCGAUCACUUUCCUGAAGACGCAGAUUAUGAACAGGACACGGCCGAGUAUCUGCUGCGGGCUGUGAGGGCCUCCAGCGUCUUUCCCAUCCUCAGCGUCACACUGCUGUUCUUCGGCGGACUCUGUGUGGCGGCCAGCGAGUUCCACCGCAGCAGACACAAUGUCAUCCUCAGUGCGGGCAUCUUUUUUGUCUCUGCAGGGUUAAGCAACAUCAUUGGCAUCAUAGUUUAUAUCUCGGCCAAUGCUGGAGACCCAGGGCAGCGCGACUCCAAAAAAAGUUACUCCUACGGCUGGUCCUUUUACUUCGGCGCCUUCUCCUUCAUCAUCGCGGAAAUCGUGGGCGUGGUGGCCGUCCACAUCUACAUCGAAAAGCAUCAGCAGUUACGUGCCAAAUCCCACUCGGAGCUCCUCAAGAAAUCCACCUUCGCCCGCCUCCCGCCCUACAGGUACAGAUUCCGGCGGCGGUCGAGCUCAAGGUCCACAGAGCCCCGAUCCCGAGACCUGUCUCCCAUCAGCAAAGGUUUCCACACCAUCCCCUCCACCGACAUCUCCAUGUUCACCCUCUCGCGGGACCCCUCCAAGAUCACCAUGGGGACCCUCCUCAACUCCGACCGGGACCACGCUUUUCUACAGUUCCACAACUCGACGCCCAAAGAAUACAAAGAGUCGCUGCAUAAUAAUCCCAACCGGCGCACCACGCCCGUCUGAACUGACCUCUGACCUCUGUCCUCUGCCCCGCGCCUGCCCUGCGCAGUCUGGGGAGUCCGGCAGAGAUGUCGCCGAGGUUGCAUGGCAUGGUCCUCGUGAUGGUAUUACUUUAUUUUUGCCAAGAAUGAAACCAAAUGGACUCAGUCCUCGCCCAUGUGGUCCUCUGACCCUCCCAAGUCCCGCUCCCUCCACGCCUCUUAGACUAAGCCCUUAAUAUUCACCUUCUCCCUGUGUAUCUGUGCCAAAAGUUUUUCUUCUCUUCCUUCUGUGCCAGAAGGAGCUCCACAUUCUUCCCUCCUUGGAAGAAGACUGUACUCCAAGUCAUGGGUGGUGGUGGGGGGG